AUGAAUGAAGAGCAAGAGGAGACAUUUAAGCUUAUGGACAUAAUGAGAUAUGCGGCGCCUAUUGAUCCUCCUGAGGGAACCCCUCAAAAAGUGCUGGAUACAAUUUGCGAGCAUUCUUCUGAAUACCUCUUUGACAUAUAUCUGCUGGCCAACGGGGUUCCUAUUCGGGCUCUUCUGCACCCUUCCAUGUAUCUCCGCGUUCUGAAGGGAUGGCUCAGAGUUGGAAGCGUUGUCAAAAUUCUGGAGCUGGAAAAGGACAUGAUUGUGCAGCUGGAGCCCACAGGCGAAAUCUCAAAAAGCGACCUGACAAAAAUCAAAAAAGAAGCAUACAUAACCCUGCCGAGCCCUAUAUACAACCCCAAAGCCUAUUACAUGCCAUUGCUCUCUGACGAAGGAUACAUGAGAUGGGAUAGACGGUGGAAAAGGUACCUAGAGGAGUACUCAAAUUCCAUAGACGACAAAGAAAUACUCCUUGAGAAGGACAAUAAGUCUUUAAAAGACGGCCACAAGAAAAAGGCAAAAAGUAAAAAAGAUUUAAAAAACAUACCAGUGGUUGUAUGCAGUGAAGAGUCAGAGGAGGAAGAGCGGCCUUUCAAAAGAAAAAUGCCAGCGAAUCGGCUGGGAUACUCGAAUACAUCCAACAACUUUAUCACAGGGCAGGUUAUUCUUAAAAGCAAGCUUUUCAAGUACCAGGGGCACAGCCCCUGUCCGCUAAUGUUUUCUUUUGUUCUGCUUACUAAGUCUGGGCUUGUAAAGGCGUAUGUGUGGGAAAGCGCAGUAAGAAAAUUCUUCUGUGUAGACGAGGGAAACUACAUUGCAAUCCGCGGGUUUAAAAUCAAAAGAAGAACAGGAAGCUUUUUCGCAAUAGGAGACAGAAUGAAGACAGAUACGGACACAAAGUAUGCAAAUAUCCCGGAAAUAAAUGUUAACAUAACAAGUCCUGUCGGCCAGAUCAUGAGAAUUGAUCCGAUAUCAGAUCUUUUUUGUCCAGAAAAAGAUAGCGAGUUUACAACGGUGGUAGGCACGGUGGAAUAUAUAAGCCCGUUGAUGCGAGAAAAAGAAGCAUGGAAUGCUGUGAAGCUUAGAGAGUACGUGCUUUUAAAAGUGUCAGGAGUAGUUGUGAAGCUUGUGUCCAAUGGGUGCGCAGGGAUGAUAUUGGAUAUAAAGGCAGGGCUUAAGCUAGAAAUUAGACACCUUCGAAAGGCCACUAUUGGAUCUUUUGUGUUCUACAUCUCGUCAGUGUAUACUCAGUUUUACAUAGAUGGCACUGAUGCCCCGCUCUUUGAUAAAACAGUUAUUGCAAAGAACUGCACAGCAAUCGCAGAGGAGAAUGCCAUGGGAUACAUUCCUGUGUGUUUUUCCACUUUUUCAGAGCACAUGCACGCCUCUAAAGAAGGCGUGGGUGCUUUAUCACUCAACGGUGUUCCCAUAGAGAAAGGAUCUUCGAAUGCAGGAUACAUAGCCAGAGAUCUAGUCUACUUUGGAGAGCUGCUUAACCUAGCCAGUGCAGAGCAAAAGAUUGAUGCUCUUUACAUGGACGAGACAAUACGAAUAGUUAUUUAUGGAAAAAUACUGGCUGUUAAAUACAACUCUCUUGGAGAUACUACGAUAGGAGAGAACAGCUUUGAUGUGUCGUAUGUAGCCACAGAGGCUACAAUGAGCGAAAUAAAAGAAGAAAAAACAGAGAAAUGGGACGGAAUGGCAGGAAUGGCAUUUAAUGAUAAGAUAGAGGAGAACAUUGUGAUUCGAGUUGGAGAUGAGAGUUCGAAUAUAGAUCUGCAAAUAUUCCAAAAUCACCUGGUGCACAGCACUUUUGAAGAGAGUGUGCAGGACUUUCUUAAGAUGGGGAGAAUAAUGAGUCAUUCCAUCUACAACGAACUGUCUAAAAGAGUAGGAGAGAAGUACUAUUUUGUGUUUGAUGCGGUUCGUGUUAAUGAAGAGGUGAUAUUGAAGAUAGGUGUUUCUCUGCUGGCACCGCCUACGGGCAUGUCUUAG